AUGCUAAAGUGUGAGUCGAAAUUAGUGAAGUUCCUUUUCGAACAAAACGGCUUAAUUUCAACUGACAGACAUGAUUGGAAUGUACUUUGGACUCAUACGCAGGGAAAAACAUACUUUUAUGAAAGACUAACACAGUUCUAAAAAAUCAAUCACUUUCCUAAUAGUACUGAAAUUACAAAAAAAGAUAGACUUGCUGUAAAUGUAAUCAAGAUGUAGGAUAGAUAUUCAAGAACCUAUUUUAAUUUUAUACCUGAAACCUUUAUAUUACCAGACUAAUUUGCUGAAUUCUAAGAAAAAUUUGAGCAACAAGAAGCUAGAAUUAAAUCAUAAUUUUAAAGUGGAUUGGGACCUGGAGAGGGAAACAUUAAUUAAAGACCUAUUAGGAAAAACUUUUGGAUCAUAAAGCCCACUUGCUCUUCAAGAGGGAGAGGAAUUUACAUAAUAGAUAACUUGAAAUAAGUGCCAAGACAUGAAAAUCUAGUAAUUAGUCGAUAUCUUGAUAACCCUUUGUUACUUUAUGGGCAUAAAUUUGAUUUAAGAAUAUAUGUAGUGGUAACUAGUUAUGACCCUUUAAGGGUAUAUGUUUAUCGUGAGGGGUUAGUUAGAUUUGCAAGUGAAAAAUAUGAUAUUACUAAAUUUAAUGACGAGACUAAAUAUUCUCAUUUGACGAACUAUAGUAUUAAUAAGAAAAAUGAGAACUAUAUUUAAAAUGAGGUGAGAUAAAACAAUUUAAUUAUUUAUAGAAUGCUGAUGAAGAUGAUAGUGGGUUUAAAUGGAGCUUCAGUGCAUUUAGUGAGCAUAUGUGUUUAAAUACCUCAAGAUAGUAUGAUGAAUCCACAUCUCAAGAAAAUAGAUCAGAAUAAGAUGAAUACAGAGAAAUCAAGGAGGUAAACUCUCAGUUUAAAUAGAACAUUCUAAAAAGAAAAUCCUAAUGAUAGGUAUGAGAAUGAAAACUCUGGUUUUACAGAGUAGAUUAUUCAAGAAAUGCACAGUCAAUUGAAAAUGAUGGAUGAUCUAAAUUACUAAUAAAAAGAUUUUAUUUGCUAGUAUAUUCAGCUACCUACAAAGUCAAAGGAAUUUAUAAUAGAAAACACUGACUUCUAUGAUUGCUUUAUUAGUUCAAAUAAGGGAAAUUAGUAGAUGCUUUAUCAAUUCAUAUAAUCAGAUCAGUAUCUAGUUUUCAAAGAUAUCAAGAGAUGCAAUAACCUUUUUAAAAAUAUAAAGAUCUAGAAUUUGCCUCUAAAGCCAGUGAGAAACCUAUCGACUAAGAAUAAGAUAGAUUAAGUGUAACUAAAGAAUCAAAUUGAGAAAAAAAAGAAGGAUUAAAUAAAACUCAUAAUUUAGGUUCUGAAAAGAUUUAAAUUAGUCAUUUGCUCGAUAAUCGAAGAUGAAUUAGAACACGAUGUAGAUAUUGAAAUUGUUUAGAAAAUGGCAUUGUUUUUCACUAAUAAACAAGUAUUUAAUUUGGAAGAAUUAGACUUUUAGUUAGAUCUUGAUAGUAUAAAAUUAAAACACAUCUAUAGCUUAAUUGAUAGUCUGUACAAAAUAUUUAGCCAAAGCAUAAAACCUAAAUCAAAAAGUGGAAAUCAUCCAAAUGUUUUAAGACAAUCAGGAAAGAAUAUUCUUAAUUCAAACGUAAGAUCUUAAACGAAUUUAGCACAAAAUAGUGAUGAAUUCGAUAGUAUUGAUAAUGAAUAAUUAUUGACACAGAUUAUUAAAUAAACUUUGGAUAAAGUUGAGAAUGAUAAACAUGAUGAGAUCAAAUUUUUUCUAGAAAAAAAUAUGUUCACAACUAGGGAAAAUGAGAAGAUUAGUAUCCUUGAUAGCUUAAUAUUUGUUUCAAGUGUGAUAAAAUAAAACCAUCUUCCAAAGCUUAAGAUCUAGGUCGAUGAUUAGAGUAAUACAAAUGAUUUAUAUAGUUACUACUAGAACAAAAUUAAUUAAAAUUCACAUAGGCACAAAACGACUAAGUCAGUGCCAAAAUAGAAUGAAGUUUUGGUUACUAGCGUGAAAGGUUCUGAUUCUAUCAUGUCAAAAAUUAAAACAAAAGGAGUAUCUGAACCAUAAUUACUCUUAGGCUCUAAAAAUUUCAUCAAAUCAGAUUAUCUAAGCAAAUAAAUGGACAAGAGAGGAUCUUUGUAACCACCAUCAAAUAGGAACAAAUAGGAUGAUCAUGAUUAUGAAGGAUUCUAAACAGCAGAUAAUAGAGUGUAGAUUACAAGCAAAGAAGAAUAAAAUUCUUGCAUUAGGAUACUAUAGUAAAUUAUUGAGGAGAAGAAAGGAUAAUUUAUGGGAGGAUCUUCUUAGAAUUUCUUUAGACAAAGAUACAGUAAAGAUCAAGUAGUAAAUGUAAGUAACAAAAUAAUAUAGAAGGAGCUUUUGGAAUUGUCGACAUUGCAGAGUGCAAAAAAUAAUCCAGCAGAGCUUAGAGAUGCAAUAAAUUUCUUCAAUACAACCCUAAGCACUGUAAAAUAUGGUAAAUAUGGUAAUUACUAGCAGAGUAAUUCUCAGAAUGUGACUAAGAGUCGAAUUAGAAAAAAUGAGCUGAACCAUUCAAGCCAAUCAAAUAGGAAUAAUAAAAGUUUUUCUAACGGAAGUAAGGUGAAGUAAUACAUAGAAACUGAUAACUAGAAAAGCAAUCCAGGGCAGAUAUAUGAAAUUUAUGGGCCCUCAACUAAUGCCAGUCGGCUUGUGAACUAAAAAUUUAACAAUAUGGUGAAUAACAAUCAAAGUUUGAAAAACAUAUAUACUGAAAGCCUAAAAGCUAGAUUAGUAACUAUGAAUAGAGAUAGCUAAAACAAGAUAAGAAUAAAUGAGAAGUAGAAAGUCACAAAUAAUUAAUAGCAAUAGUCCCAAUAUUAAUGA